CUCACAUACACACACACACACACACAGCGCUGAAGCGGGUCAGAGGAUCACCAAUGUGGACGAAGCAGCAGCUCAGUCCCCGUCCCGGGUGUGUGGUGCAGUGAUCCGGCACCGGUGAGGACGAGCGGGGGGGUGGGGGGCAUGGCGCUCCGCGGCGGCCUGGCGCUGCUCGGCCUGCUGCUCCAGCUGCACGCGGCGGCGGUCCUGUCCCAGGGCGCGGGCUGCCCGCUGCGCUGCGACUGCGUGCCGCAGCAGCGGUCGGUGCUGUGCGCCUACAAGCGCCUGACGGCCAUCCCGGAGGCCAUCCCCGCCGACACGCGCACGCUGGACCUCAAGGGCAACAAGCUGCGCUGGGUGGAGCACGGCGACCUGGCCGCGUUCGGCCGGCUGGAGGAGCUGGACCUGAGCGAGAACAGCAUCAGCGUGCUGGAGCCCAACGCCUUCGCCGAGCUGCGGAGCCUGCGCGUGCUGCGCCUGCGCGCCAACCAGCUCAAGCUGGUGCCCAUGGGCGCCUUCUCGCGCCUGGCCAACCUCACCGCGCUGGACCUGAGCGACAACAAGAUCGUCAUCCUGCUGGACUUCACCUUCCAGGACCUGCACAGCCUGCGCAACCUGGAGGUGGGCGACAACGACCUGGUGUACGUCUCCAACAAGGCCUUCCUGGGCCUGGUGGGGCUGCGCGAGCUCACCAUCGAGCGCUGCAACCUGACCUCCAUCUCGGGCCAGUCGCUGUCCUACCUGCGGAGCCUGGUGACGCUGCGGCUGCGCUACCUCAGCGUCGCCGCCCUGGAGGAGCAGAACUUCCGCAAGCUGGGCGGCCUGCGCGGCCUGGAGAUCGACCACUGGCCGCUGCUGGAGCACAUCUCGCCGCACAGCUUCCAGGGCCUCAACCUGUCCUGGCUGUCCAUCACCCACACCAACAUCACCAGCGUGCCCACCAGCGCGCUCCGCAACCUGGCGCACCUCGGCAGCCUCAACCUCUCGCACAACCCCAUCGCCGUGCUGGAGUCCUGGGCGCUGCGGGACCUGCUGCGCCUCAAGGAGCUGCACCUGGUGGGCACGCGACUGCUGCAGGUGCAGCCGUACGGCCUGGGGGGCCUGCGGCAGCUGCGGCUGCUCAACCUGUCCGACAACGGGCUGGUGACGCUGGAGGAGGGCUCCUUCCACUCGGUCAACACGCUGGAGACGCUGCGGGUGGACGGCAACCCGCUGGCCUGCGACUGCCGCCUGCUGUGGAUCCUGCAGCGCCGCAAGACGCUGGACUUCGACGGCCGGCCGCCGGUGUGCGCGGCGCCGGUGGAGGUGCAGGGCAAGGCGCUGAGCGACUUCUCCGACGCGGCGCUCUUCGACCACUUCACGUGCCAGCGGCCCAAGAUCCGCAACCGCAAGCUGCAGCAGGUGAGCGCGCGCGAGGGCCAGCAGGUGGCGUUCGCGUGCCGCGCCGAGGGCGAGCCGGCGCCCGUCAUCUUCUGGAUCUCGCCGCAGCGCCGCCGCAUCACCACCAAGAGCGCCGGCCGCGUGACCGUGCUGCCCGAGGGCACGCUGGAGAUCCGCUACGCCCAGGUGACCGACAGCGGCACCUACAUCUGCAUCGCCAGCAACGCCGGCGGCAACGACACCUACUUCGCCACGCUCACCGUCAGCGGGCUGCCCCUGGACGCCGCCCUGGUGGUCAACCGCACGUACUACGUGGGCGACCUCAACGACACCAGCCUGAACGACACGCGCGUCUUCCUCAAGUUCACGCUGGACCUCAAGACCAUCCUCAUCUCCACGGCGAUGGGCUGCAUCACCUUCCUGGGCGUGGUGCUCUUCUGCUUCCUGUUGCUCUUCAUCUGGAGCCGCGGGCGCGGCCAGCACAAGAACAACUUUUCCGUGGAGUACUCCUUCCGGAAGGUGGACGGCCCCUCGUCCAGCGGAGGCCAAGGAGGCGCUCGGAAGUUCAACAUGAAGAUGAUCUGAGGAAGAAAGACAUGGUGUGUGGAGAUAAAGCCACGGGAUGCUACUGUUACCUCCGUAGGUAGACAGGGUACAUGUGAAAAGCCACAGCUUUAAGCUGCUGAUAUGACUGUUUUCCUGCCCUGUGCAUUUUUCUUUUUUGUGAAUAGACUCUGAUCAUUUUAAGGAUCUCCGAUUUCUAGUAGGUCUUCUAUCAACUCUCUUUUCAUCUGUUGCGUCAUCGUGAGAGCCUCGUCGUCCGCAGAAGGCUCUUGAUCAUCACCAGCUAGAGUCAGGUUUAUGAUGUCAGUAAGUCACAGGUUGUUUACAGUGGCCCCAGAACCACAUUAGUCAAUUGCUGUUUGUAGGGUAGGCCUGAGGAUAUGCCACUGUUAGAAAACAUAUUAGCAUACCCAUGUCUAAGUGUACAUGUGAAAUUUCUCAGAGGAGGAGUAAGGGAUUUUAUUUAUGAUUUGCUUUUAAAAAAAGAAACAGAACUGAGGCCUUAGCUAAAGGUGAAGACUGUACAAACUCAAAGACUAGGGCUUGCUCUCUUUGAAGGACUUUUAUCAUUCCAGCGGAGGUAGUAGAAAGCAAUCUCCAUAAUGCUUACGAUGCAUUAUCACAGGGUGCUCUCUGGAUGCCAAGGAAUUGCCAAUACUUCUCAAAAGUUCCUGCGACAGUAACUCAUUUUGUAAUAAGGCCCUCCUCAAUGGAAACAUACUAAUGUUCUGCCCCGAUAUCCUGAGACUAAGGAAGUGUUGUUCCUGGUGCCAUCUCAAGAGAUAUUGAUUGAACUUGGAAUCUUCACCUGAAACGAUUUGGCUCAUUGGUGUGUUGUUUAUGACUAUUAGUCUGCUUAAAAUCUUAAUGUUAUUAUGGUCACGGGACAAAGUAAACUCAUUGGCACUAAAAUAUCUAAUGCCUUACUAAUAAUUCUAUUCCAGACUGAGAUUUCAAGUUCAUGAGCAUCUCUUGAGUUGGGAAGUGAAGUUAUAAGCCACACAUUUAGGACUGUCAAUCAGGUUAGUGUCAUGUUGCUAUGUACGCUAUCCAACACUGCUCAACACUGCCAAAAUAGAUGCCUCAUUGUGAUAAAAGCAUCCCUCACAUGCAAAGCAUUGUUGGCAAGACGUCAAUCAAGCCAAGGAGCCUGAAAUGCUCCACACCCAAACUAUGUCUCUCACGCUCACAUGCCCAGACUAUUUAUCUUUCACAGUCAAACAUGCACAGACAUGCACAGACAGACACAGACAGACAGACAGACCGACAGACAGACAGACCACAUAGACACACACACACACACACACUCAUGUGAGAAAGU